AUGACUCUUCAUAAUUUACCACUUUAUGACUAUUUUGCCGUCAUCGGAUAUAAUCCAGAAUUUGGACUAAAGCAAGAGAGCAAAACGGGAUUUGGUGAAGGGAAUUUGCCUAAUGGUCCGAGAUCACCUUUGCAAGCGUCGUAUCAGGCUAAGCUUGCCCUACCUUCUGGUGUUCGUCUUUUUACUGAACAAAAUGUACCUCAAGAGCCUUCCUUUCAUUCUUUUGUUAUUGUUAGAGAAGAUGGUUCAAGACUUCACGGCUGUUCUUUGGUUUUUUAUGAGGAGCUUCGUUCAGUCGAAUUGCGUCAAAAAAUAUUUGAUGCUCAAAUGGAUUUUUUGCGUGAUUUUGCUUCAAAUCAUACUUCUCCUCUUCCUUCUACUUCAACUACAAACUAUCCAUAUCCAAAAGGUACAUUACUACACCAAAAACAACAUCUUUCAAAGAAAUUUACAACACAUUCCCUUCCUCGAAAGUUUUCUGCAUCAGGUCGUAGAAAUAGUAGUAAUGUAAAUACAGAACAAAACAAUGGAGAAGAUCAUUCUUCUUAUUAUACAAACCCAAAAAGUUUAUUGUUUGCUUCAAAAAGUAUGGUGGUGCUAGCAUCGUUGCCGGUGAUUUAUUCAUCAGAAAAUUUAUUAUCAAAUCUUUGGUUGAUUUUUAAUGACAAAUUCCCUGAUGAGGCAAAACUCUCGUUGGACGAUGCUCUUUUCUGGGCACUUCAUCAAAUUCCUUUACCACCUCCCGGUGAAGCCAUACGAGUUACCCAUCCACAAUUUCAAUUACUUGUGAGGAUACCAACCUUAGAGGAAUUUCCUUAUUUUGACUACUCAAUGCAGAAUAUCUUCAAUUUUAUAUCUGUUGAAAAAUUCCUCAAACUGCUGACUUGUUUUAUGCUAGAAAAGCAAAUAUUACUUGUUUCCAAGCAUGCUAUUACUCUUAUGUUAUUUGGUGAAUGUCUCUCGACACUUGUUUUUCCUUUUUCUUGGCAAAUGGCUUACUGUCCAAUUUUACCACAUUCUCAGCUUAAGUUAAUGGGAAUCUGUUCUGAGGGUGAAAAUUUACCUGAGGAUUUUUCACAGCACAACAUUUGUUUUUUGGAUAUUGAUUCUGGUCGUUUGGAUUUACCUGAAGAUUUACCCGCUUUUCCAAAAAGUCAGGAACUUAUCGACAAAAUUAAAAAACUGACUGAAUUUUUCAAAUCCGAAUCAUCAAUUUCGGAUAAUGAAAUGAAGAUUCAUGACUUCUAUUUAAAGGGUCUCCGUUUCAACAAAGCUCUCCGUUCUAUUUUUCUUUCACAUUUUGCCUCUUUAUUCACCUCAUAUGAAAAUUAUCUGCUCAACGCUGAUAUUAAAACUGCUCGCAUUGUUCGUGAAUCAUCUGCAAAUUUUGACAACAUUUCUUUUCUUGUUGAUCAGCCAGAGAGUAUGUUUACCUCAUUCAUUGACUCUAAAAUCCUAUCUUUACAAAAUUCUGGUCACGGCGGGAACGGUGUUUUACUAUUUGAUAAGAGAAUAGCAGAAUUAAAGGAGGGCGCUAUGGAAAUUCAAACUUAUAUUGCAGAGGCAAAUGGAGAAACAGAUGCUUUACUCGAUCACAGCAAGAUUCAUCAAAUCCCCGCUCCAAUAUCAUCAAAACUACCUUUACAAAAAUACAAUGGACAUCUUUUAAUUACGAAUCCAUCACUUUUGGAAAAAAAUGCAUCAAUAACAAAUUCAUGUAACAUUGAUAUUCCAACUAAAUGCUCAAUUAAAACUACUUUGAUUGAAAGUAAAUCAGCACAACAAAAACCUAAAAACAAAAUAACUUCUAAAAAGAAUGAUAAUAACCUAGAGACAGCUAGUGCUAUAAUUGUAAAAGAAAAUGAUGUAACAGCACCAAUGAAUUUAGCACAUCAAAAUUGGAAGUUUGUUGAGCAAUUGUUAAAACAAACUAAAGCAAGAACGACACGAAUUCUGUUAGCAAAAAUGGGCAGGGAAGCAAUUCAUCUUGGACAUGGUCAGUCGCACUUGGGAAUAUCUGGUGUUGAAGAGAACACAUUGGUAGCAUCAUUUUGUGAGUUGCUUGAACGUAUCUGGUCUCAUGGUCUCAAGAAAAAACAGGCAUCUGAAUAA